AUGGACGCGAACCCGCGAAACGAGAGGGAAGAGAUUGAAUGGACUGAGGGAGGGCAUAAGGCCCGGCAAGAGAAUAUAAAGUCUCUAUAUCAACAAAAGUCCUCAGCGCCGCGAGAGCUUCAUAAAACUUCAGACAAAAGAGCCAAAGCUCAUGCCUAUACAAGAUGUUCGGACAUGAUGGAAUUCAACGUUCCUUAUGCUCCGGGGUGCCUGGCAGUUACAGCCUGCCUUUGA